CCAAAUUCUCUCUCUCUCUCAAGCAAUUUUGCCAGCCCUCGUGAGCGAGGUACAACUCGUCAAACCCCUCUCUCUCUCUCUCUUGUCAUCUUCCGCCUGUACCCAGCAAUUACUCCUGCGUUUGUGGCUUUCCUUCGCCGUCACCGGAAAUUCAAUUUCCCUCGCGAAUCGGAGGAUUUCGGAAUCGAUUUAUGAUAGCUGCGAUUGGAUUUGGGGCGCUGAUCUGAUGGAGCGGAUAGUCGGAGGCAAAUACAAGCUCGGCCGUAAGAUCGGCAGUGGAUCAUUUGGUGAUAUCUUUUUGGCUACGCAUAUAGACACGUUUGAGAUUGUCGCAGUGAAGAUCGAAAACAAUAAGACCAAACACCCCCAGCUUCUCUACGAGGCCAAGUUAUACCGUUCUCUUCAAGGGGGAAGUGGUAUACCUGGCAUAAAGUGGUCUGGUGUCAAUGGAGAUGAAAAUGUUCUAGUCAUUGAUUUGCUGGGACCGAGCCUUGAAGACCUUUUCGUGUAUUGUGGUAGGAAGUUCUCGUUGAAAACUGUGUUAAUGUUGGCUGAUCAAAUGAUAACCAGGAUAGAAUUUGUGCAUUCUAAAGGCCUCCUUCAUCGGGAUGUCAAACCUGAUAACUUUCUCAUGGGUCUCGGUCGGAAAGCGAAUCAGGUUUAUAUUAUUGAUUUUGGUUUGGCUAAAAGGUACCGUGAUUCAACAUCAAACCGGCAUAUUCCCUACAGGGAGAAUAAGAAUUUGACGGGAACCGCACGGUAUGCAAGUUGUAACACCCAUCUCGGAAUUGAGCAAAGCCGAAGGGAUGAUCUUGAGUCCCUUGGAUACGUGCUUCUAUAUUUUUUGAGAGGAAGCCUUCCCUGGCAGGGAUUAAAAGCUGCCACCAAGAAGCAGAAGUAUGACAAGAUUUGCGAGAAAAAAUUGUCAACUCCUAUUGAGGUGCUGUGCAAGUCCCACCCUGUGGAAUUCGCCUCCUAUUUCCACUACUGCCAUUCUUUGACGUUUGACCAGCGACCUGAUUAUGGAUUUUUGAAACGUUUAUUCCGUGAACUGUUUACUCGUGAAGGUUGUGAGUUUGAUUAUGUAUUUGACUGGACUAUAUUGAAAUAUCAGCAAGCACAAACAAGUAAAACGCAAAAACGGCCGAUUGCUGGAGAAAGCAGUGAAGUGGCUCCGAUAGAAGCAGAAAAGCAUCAAGGCAGUAAUGCUCCUCUUCCAUCUGAUUUGGGUGACCGUAUGAGGUCAAACAAUACCGCUGCUAGUCCUGGUGUACGCUUGCAAUUCAAAUCACCAACAAGUCGAAAUGUCACUCAUGGCACUCCUGUUGACAGAAAUGUGUUCAGUAACACAAAUGUGCCAUCCACUUCGUUCUCCCAUGCUGUUGUCGGAAAAGGAAAUACCUCAAAACCUAUAUUACCUAUGGAGGCAAAUGAAAACCACGCUUCUUCAAGUAGUUGGAUUUCUUCCUUACGCCGCAUCUCUUCAUCCAAGUGAAUAUGCGGACAACUUCAGGAUUUGAUCCUCUUUUGAGCUAUCUGUGCUACCAUGGCAGAUGAAACAUGUUGCUAAAGAUGGCACUGGCUGUGGCUGGUGCAACUUGACUAUUUUCUCAUUGGUGACAACAGAUGGAGUUACCAAAUCUUUGAUACUCGUUGAUUUAGUGAAUGGUGUGUUUAUUGUAUACAAAUGCAAGGCAUUUAAUAUUUUUCUCGAUCAUUCGUGGUGGUUUGUUAGCCGAGGUUUCUGUUUA